AAAUCAGGAAGUAUUCUACAGCAACAAACAAUCCCUAUGUUGUUGUCUUGUAACCUGCUUUAGUAGAGAGUAUGCCACAGUCUCACUGUAAAGUUAAUGUCUUAUGUGAUAGUGAUGGUUAGGUGCCGCAAAAAGAGGAAUGCACGAGAUAGUUGAGAAACUUGAAUGUCUCUUAUGACAUAUGGAUCGUGCAGUGUGGAUCUCAUCAGAGAGUUAACUAAUAGUCGUCUUGUAGCCAGCAAUCAGCAGUCAGUUUUGCUAGCUAGGGUAUUUUGAGUUGCAAUAAUGGUUAUUUACAGUGCCUCAAGCUAUGUUCUCUUAGGUGUGGCAAACCUAAUCAUCAUGUCUGCAUGUAUGGACUAUUGUGAUACUAUUGAAAGCUGUCACGGUCAUGAUGACACUAUGUCAGACCGACAACACUACAUUCAUGCUUUCAACUUCAACAAGAGUGUGGAGAAACACUUGCACGAUUUGGACCACUUCAAACUGUCGUGUAAAAAGCUAUUAGAAGCCUUCCCCCUUGACCAAGUGGAUGGCAUCUUUGUUCGCUCUGUGAAGAACUGCAUUUUUUCAGAGUCUGACCCAACCCCACUCAAAGGCCCUCUGAGACUUGUGGCUGUUUCAAAGGAGGUCAUUGAGGGAAUGUUGGAUCUAGAUGUUGCAGUGUCCCAGUCAGAGGAUUUCCUACAGUACUUCAGUGGUGGUAAACUUUUUCCUGGAUCCAGCCCUCUGACACACAGAUAUGGGGGUCACCAGUUUGGCUACUGGGCAGGUCAGUUAGGAGAUGGCCGAGCACAUCUCCUUGGUGAAUAUACUAGCAGAAAGGGUGAAAGAUGGGAACUCCAGCUCAAAGGCUCAGGAAAGACUCCAUAUUCAAGGUCAGGAGAUGGCCGAGCUGUGGUCCGCUCCUCAGUCAGAGAGUUCCUGUGCAGCGAGGCCAUGCACUUUCUGGGUGUUCCUACUAGCAGAGCUGCCAGCCUUAUUGUAAGUGAAGAGGCAGUGUGGAGGGACCAGUUCUACAAUGGGAAAGUGAAGAAGGAGAGAGGAGCGGUUGUUCUGCGGCUGGCCACGUCAUGGUUCCGGAUCGGAUCGUUGGAGGUUCUGGCUAAAGCUGAAGAACUUGAUCUUUUAAGGAAACUGUUGGACUUUGUGAUACAGGAGCAUUUUCCUUCCAUUGAUUCAAAUGAUCCAGGCAAGUAUUUGAUAUUUUACUCCAGGGUUGUGAAUGAGACUGCUCACCUCAUUGCCCAGUGGAUGUCUAUUGGCUUUGCACAUGGAGUAUGCAACACGGAUAACUUCAGCCUACUGUCUAUCACCAUUGACUACGGACCGUUUGGCUUUAUGGAAGCCUACAACCCAAAUUUUGUCCCCAACACAUCUGAUGAGGAGGAGAGGUACAGUAUCGGGGCUCAGGCCAAUGUUGGUCUGUUCAACCUGGAGAAACUCCUAGAAGCCCUAACUCCAGUGCUGACCAUAGAACAGAGGCAAGGGGCUGGGCUAAUACUGAAAGGGUACCCACAUAUAUACCAGAUGAGGUUUCACAAGCUGUUCAAGGCAAAGUUAGAUUUACUUGGCGAGGAGGAGGAUGAAUAUCUCAUUGCAUUUCUGCUUAAGCUGAUGGAGGACACAGGUGCAGACUUCACCAUGACCUUCAGACAGCUGAGUGAAGCCUCAAUGCAGCAGCUUCACAACAUGUCCAACUUACAGGUGAUGUGGGCCCUGCAGAACCUGGCUUCGCAUAAGAUGUACCCGGAGUGGGUCAGCAUGUACCUGCAUAGACUAAAAAGGCAGGGAGGUGAUUCUGAUGAGGAUCGUCAACACAGGAUGAAAAGGAUCAAUCCCAGAUAUGUGCUGCGGAACUGGAUGGCAGAAUCUGCAAUACGGAAGGCUGAGGGGAAUGAUUUCUCAGAGGUGGAGCUGCUGCAGCGGACACUGGCACAACCCUACCUCACACAGGACGCAGCAGAGGAGGCAGGUUAUGCAGCACAACCCCCAUGGUGGGCCCAGGGGUUAAAUGUCAGCUGUUCCUCAUGAGGGAUGCCUCUGCCCCAAUGACAGGACGUAUAUUUGUAGUGUAUUCAGAAUGUGUUCAGUGCAAAACAUUUAUCUUGAACACGUCAUUCAGGAUAACCAGUAUCUGCAUUGUUUAGUAACGGAUGUUUGACUUUUCACAAUUAUCUUCCUAGCUAUCGUGGUGGAAUUAUUCUGGAACAAAACAUUUAGUUCAGUACUUUGCACACAAAAACAUUCACGCAACUGUUGGAUGACCAGAACCCUGAUUGCUGACCUCAUGUGAUUGAAUAUAAAGGAAAGGGCACAGAUGCAAUUUUGCAAACACUCAUAACAUGUAAUGACAUUUCAUUUAUAAUACAGUCAUGCUGAGCAACAUUA